UCUCAACUUUCAUCUACCAUUUCUUUCAUUUUCUUAAGCUUUUUUUUUUCUUUUUUCUUUUUCCCCCUCUUCAAAACCAUUAUUUUCUCCCUUUCCUUUUAAUUAAUUAAUUUAAUUAUUUUAUCCCACCUAUAUUUAUUUCUUUUUACUUUUCCCAACAAAAAAAUCCAGAAAAAUAAACAAAAGAAACGUUGCGUAAUUAAUUACGGCAGGUGAAAAUUAAGCAGCUUGCUUCGAGGUUUAAUGGAGAUUGGUGUUGCGAAUUCAGAAAAACCCUAGCCAUGAAAAUCGGAGAUUGAGUUCAACCAAGAUCUACCAUUUAACUUUUUCAGAAUUCGCAAAAAAAGAAAAACCCAUAAAAGAAAGAAGCUAAAGAUUUGCGGUACUUUCGGAAAUUAUGGCUUCUAAAGGUCCCAGGUCUAAACUUGAUCAUGAUUCGAGAGCUCGACGUCAAAAGGUUCUUGAAGCUCCUAGAGAACCUCGCCGCCCUAAAACACAUUGGGAUCAUGUUUUAGAGGAGAUGAUUUGGUUAUCAAAGGACUUUGAGGCUGAGAGGAAAUGGAAGUUAGCGCAGGCAAAGAAAGUAGCCUUACGAGCAAGUAGGGGCAUGUUAGAUCCAGUUACGAGGGGGGAAAAAAGAAUGAAGGAAGAAGAGCAGAGAAUGAGAAAAGUUGCACUUAAUAUUUCAAAGGAUGUCAAAAAAUUCUGGACUAAAAUCGAGAAGCUGGUGCAUUACAAGCAUCAGUUAGAGCUUGAUUGUAAAAAGAAGGCGGCACUUGACAAGCAGUUAGAGUAUCUCCUGGAUCAAACUGAAAGGUAUUCGACUAUGCUGGCAGAAAAUCUCAUGGGCCCGUCAACCUCCUGUCCUUCUGGACAGCCAUCUAUUCAGGAGAAUACUUGUUACUCUAAGCAGACUGGUGAAAAGACAGUGGAUGGAGGAUCUAUGGAAUUGCUUGCUGAGGCAAAAUCGGAUACAGAGAUUAAAAUGGACGAAAUGGAUGCUGAUGAUGAUUUUGAUCUGUCCUCUGAGGAUGAAGCAGAAGAUGACGAGCAGACUAUUGAGGAAGAUGAAGCUCUAAUAACAGAGGAAGAAAGACAAGAAGAAUUGGCUGCUCUGCAAAAUGAAGUAGAGUUGCCUCUCGAAGAACUACUCAAGCGCUAUUCAAUGAUUGAAGUUACUGAAGAAAGUAAUGCUGAGGCUGUAAGAGAGUCCUGUGUUGAGGUUGGCCUAGCUCAGGUCAAUGGCGAGCGUUUUCCAGAAAAACUCCGUGCUUCUGUAGAAAGCCCUGAUGAUGUUGGUGCAGAUGGUGAAACCAAUUUUCUUGCUGUAGCUAAGGUAGAUGCUGACUGCUCAUCAGAUUUUGCCAGUCGUCGUUGUCGAAAACGCAAUGGUCCAAUGACAUCGAACAACGUAUCUGAAGUUGAGGCCCGUUUCUCCAAAAAAUCAUCUGAGGGCAUGUCCCAUUCUGACCUCGUAGACGUGGAUUAUGAUUUCGACGAUGAACUGGCAGAUGAUGAGUUUGUCAUUGCCACUGGAGAAGAGAAGGAUGAUGAAACAACCUUGGCUGAGGAGGAGGAGUUGGCAAUAGCAGAGUCGAAGAGGCCUGAAGAUGAGAUUGCAUUAUUGCAGCAAGAAAGUGAGAUUCCCUUGGAAGAAUUGCUUGCAAAAUAUAAAAUGGAAAUUUCCGAGGUCGGCUCUGCUGAUGACGACUCAGAUUCUUGUUCUGCUCACUCUGAUAUAGAGAGUUAUCCAGUUGAGCAAGUGUUUGACAAAGAAGACCGGUGUAAUUCUACAGUUGAAGAUGAUGUAUCUGAGGAGAUUAAAAAAAAUUCACCUGCUCCUGGAGAAGAAGCUGAUGCUAGUCAUGUGCUGGAUUCCGAAGAGGAUAGUCAAAGAGAUGCUAGAAUUGCUGAUGCAGCAGCUGCUGCCAGGUCUGCACAACCGACAGGGAAUACUUUCUCCACGACUAAUGUACGAACAAAUUUCCCCUUUCUUAUUAAACACCCUCUUCGUGAGUAUCAGCACAUUGGGCUUGACUGGCUGGUUACAAUGUAUGAGAAAAGACUUAAUGGGAUUCUUGCUGAUGAGAUGGGUCUAGGAAAGACAAUUAUGACGAUUGCAUUACUCGCUCACUUGGCUUGUGAGAAGGGAAUAUGGGGGCCUCAUCUCAUUGUGGUGCCAACUAGUGUCAUGCUUAACUGGGAAACUGAGUUUAUGAAGUGGUGCCCUGCAUUUAAGAUCUUAACUUACUUUGGGAGUGCAAAGGAGCGCAAAAAUAAGAGGCAAGGUUGGAUGAAACCCAACUCUUUCCAUGUUUGCAUCACUACUUACAGACUUGUUAUUCAAGAUUCAAAAAUUUUUAAACGCAAGAAGUGGAAGUAUUUGAUUUUAGACGAGGCUCAUUUGAUAAAGAACUGGAAAUCUCAGCGGUGGCAAACUCUUUUGAACUUCAAUUCAAAGCGGCGUAUCUUGUUGACGGGUACACCAUUGCAGAAUGAUCUAAUGGAGUUGUGGUCUUUAAUGCAUUUUUUGAUGCCCCAUAUCUUUCAGUCUCACCAAGAAUUUAAGGACUGGUUUUGCAAUCCAAUAGCAGGCAUGGUGGAAGGACAAGAAAAGGUGAACAAAGAAGUGAUUGAUCGCCUGCAUAAUGUUUUGCGGCCGUUUAUUCUGCGCCGUCUAAAAAGGGAUGUUGAAAAACAGCUCCCUAUGAAACAUGAGCAUGUCAUAUACUGCAGACUCUCCAAGAGGCAAAGGAAUUUGUAUGAAGAUUUCAUUGCUAGUUCAGAAACCCAAACCACUCUGGCUAGUGCCAAUUUCAUCGGUAUGUUAAAUGUUAUAAUGCAGCUACGUAAAGUUUGUAAUCAUCCUGACUUAUUUGAGGGACGUUCUAUCAUAAGUUCUUUUGAUAUGGAGGGGAUUGAGAUGCAAUUGAGCUCUUCAGUGUGCUCAAUUCUUUCGCCUGGUCUAUUUUCUUCCACAAAUCUUUCUGGUUUGGGGCUCUUAUUUACAUAUCUAGAUUUUAGAAUGACAUCUUGGGAGUUUGAUGUAGUUCAAUCUAUUGCCACUCCUUCUAGAUUAAUUGAGCAUCGUGUUAGUCAUAAUAAUCUGGAAGUUGUUAAGCCUGGAUUUAAAUACGGAAAGAAAGGUUAUGGAACAAACAUUUUUGAAGAGAUUCGGAAGGCAAUUUUCGAGGAGAGAUUAAAAGAAGCUAAACAGCGGGCAACUGCAAUUGCAUGGUGGAAUUCAUUAAGGUGUCAGAAGAAGCCAGUAUAUUCAACAACUCUACGCGAACUUCUGACGGUAAAGCAUCCAGUUUACGACAUACAGUACUGUAAGAAAAAUCCUGUGUCUUACAACUAUUCCUCAAAGCUUGCGGACAUUGUUUUGUCACCUGUGGAAAGAUUCCAGAAGAUGAUAGAUCAGGUUGAAUCUUUCAUGUUUGUUAUUCCAGCUGCACGAGCUCCUCCACCUGCUUGUUGGUGCAAUAAAUCUGGGACUUCCGUUUUUAUUGAUGCAGCCUACAGGGAAGAAUGCUCCCAAAAUUUGCUGCCUCUCUUGACUCCUAUACGUCCUGCCCUUGUUCGAAGGCAGCUGUAUUUCCCUGACAGACGUUUGAUACAAUUUGAUUGUGGAAAGCUCCAGCAACUUGCUAGUUUGUUGCGAAGAUUGAAAAGUGGGGGUCAUAGAGCAUUAAUCUUCACUCAAAUGACAAAAAUGCUUGAUAUUUUGGAAGCUUUUAUAAGUUUGUAUGGUUAUACUUACAUGCGUUUGGACGGAUCAACCCAACCGGAGCAGAGACAAACUUUGAUGCAGAGAUUUAACACAAAUCCCAAGAUAUUUUUGUUUAUUCUGUCUACACGUAGUGGAGGUGUAGGAAUAAAUCUUGUUGGAGCAGAUACAGUGAUAUUUUAUGACAGUGACUGGAACCCUGCCAUGGAUCAACAAGCUCAAGAUCGUUGUCAUCGCAUUGGACAAACCCGUGAAGUCCAUAUCUACCGCUUAAUAAGCGAGAGUACCAUUGAAGAGAAUAUCUUAAAGAAAGCAAACCAGAAACGAGCUCUUGAUAACCUAGUAAUACAAAGUGGUGGCUACAAUACUGAGUUUUUCAAGAAGCUUGACCCAAUGGAGUUGUUUUCAGGUCAUAGAUUAGCUCCCUUAAAAGAGACAGGCAAAGAGAACAACUCAGAUAAGGAGGCUGAGGUUCUUGUUUCUAAUGCUGAUAUAGAGGCUGCUUUGAAAAAUGCUGAAGAUGAGGCAGAUUAUAUGGCGCUGAAGAAGGUUGAAGAGGAAGAGGCUGUAGAUAACCAGGAAUUUACUGAGGAGGCGACCGGGAAGCUAGAAGAUGAGGACUUGGGAAAUGAGGAUAUUAUUAAAGCUGAUGAAUCUGCAGACCAUAAUGCAUUGGUUACUGCUUCAAAUAUAGAGGCUAUGGUUGUUGCAGAUGGGAAUGAUCUGGGUGGAGAGAAGGCUCUCACUUUAGCAUGCGAUGAAGACGACGUUGAUAUGAUUGCUGAUGUCAAACAAAUGGCAGCUGCAGCUGCAGCUGCUGGACAAGAAGUCUUAUCUUUCGAAAAUCAAUUACGUCCAAUCGAUAGGUAUGCAAUGCAUUUCUUGGAGGUUUGGGACCCCAUAAUAAACAAGGAGGCAAUAAAUUAUCAAGUUCAGUUCGAGGAGAGAGAGUGGGAGUUAGAGCGUAUCGAGAAGUUGAAAGAGGAUAUGGAGGCAGAGCUUGAUGAUGAUGAUGAGCCUCUUGUAUAUGAGAAAUGGGAUGCGGAAUUUGCUACCCAAGCUUAUCACCAGCAAGUUGAGGCUUUAGCUCAGCAUCAGUUGAUGGAAGAACUAGAAAGCAAGGCCAAAGAGAAGGAAAUUGGCGAGGAUGUGAAUGAUGAUUUUAUCAAGAAUGAAGCAUCUGGUGCUGGUAAAUUGAAGGCAAAGAAAAAGAAACCAAAGAAAACAAAAUUCAAAUCUCUAAAGAAGCACUCUUUGUCCUCUGCAUCGAAAGCUGUGAAAGAGGACUACGUGGUAGAACAUAUGUCGUCGGACGAAGAUCCAUCUCAUGAAGAGGCUGCUUGUGUAGAUGUAAGCCCACCUUGUAUCCUGUUAAAAAAGAAACGGAAGAAGAACCAAACUGAUAUUGCUGAAGAAGAGAUGUCCUUAAAGAUCAAGCUAAAAAAGGGCAAGAAGACUGCUCUUGUAACGACAUUGCCAUCUAGGGAAUCAAACGUAUUAAGCUUGUUACAUGAAGAUACAAAAGAUUCAAAGUCAUGUGAGGAUGGCACACUUGAUUUAGAGCUAAAGCCUACUAGUAGGGGUAAGACGGGAGGGAGAAUUUCAAUCACGACUAUGCCAAUGAAGAGGAUUUAUACUAUAAGGCCUGAAAAAUUGAAGAAAAAAGGGAACAUGUGGUCAAGUGACUGUUUCCCUUCGCCUGAUUCCUGGAUGCCACAAGAGGAUGCAGUUUUGUGUGCUCUUGUACAAGAGUAUGGUCCAAAUUGGAGCUUGGUUAGUGAUUCUCUUUAUGGGAUGUCUGCUGGUGGUUUGUACAGGGGAAGGUUUCGACACCCCACUCUGUGUUGUGAAAGAUAUAGGGAACUCUUCCAAAAAUAUGUUCACGCUGUCGCAGACACUCCCAAUAAUGAAAAAACAAGCACAACUGGACCUGCAAAGGGGUUACUGAAAGUUACUGAGGAUAACUGUCGAGUACUGUUGGAUGCUGUUACGGAACAACCAGAUGAUGAGUUACUUUUGCAACGGCAUUUCACUGCUCUUCUCAUUUCAGUUUGGAGGAUGACAUCCUCUCUUGAUCAGCAAAGAAGUCGUUCAAAUCAUCAUAACAAUUUGUAUCCAAGCAUAAGGUUGUUUGGUACAUCUGUCAAUCCGAAUGCUCAAAAUUCAACCACAGGGCUUUCCCAAAAAAAGUUUGAUUUGGGUCAGAGUGGGAAACUUAUAACUAAAGCAUUGCGUGAUGUGGAAAGUGUGGUCUGGAAUAACAAAACCUCUCUAUCCAACCAGAUGGAAGAGGAUGUACCUGCUAUAGAGAAGUUAGACAUCACAUUGGAGUUUGAAAGAGAGAGAGCUGAAACUGUUGGUUUUCCGUCCAUGGUGUCAUUGUCGAUACCUGGCUUGGAUCCAAUACCUCCUGUAAUACCUCCUAAAGAAAAUCAACUUAAGUCCACUCAACAAGUGGCUGAGAGCCGUUUCAGGGCAUCCUCAAGUGCAUGUGUUGAUGGGUCUUUUGGUUGGGCAUCCUCUGCUUUUCCCAUAAUUGAAUCUCGUAACCGGUUGUCACUAAAAUCACCUUUAUCAGGGAAACACAAGCUGGGUCCCGGUGAAACGAGCAGACCUUCCAAAUCGAAGGUCAGAAAAGUUGCAGAAGCUACACAUCAUAACCCAUUUGCAGAAGCAUUACUGCCCACCACCGUACCUGACACUCCAAGUACCACUUCUGGUUCUGGAAUCCCAGACAGCUCUUUCGAGGAUCAUAUUAUCGACCCUGACCCUCUAUAUGGUGCAGAGGAUGACUCUUCAUGUUCAAAGAAUAACGAGUUGUUUCCUCAUUGUUAUAGUCCCAGCUUCAUUUCAGGACUUGAUGUCUGUUCAUUGGAUGAAUAUACAGAUGAUAUUGGGUAAUUAGGAACCAAUAUUCAAUGUUGGUAAUGUGUUGAUUUUGGUUUAGUGUUUAGGCUCUAAGCUUGGCAAUUGAGCCCCAGCAUGGAAGAAUAACCUAACCAUGCUGGCUGGUUGGCUGGCACCCUGGCAGUUUUGCGACUAACUGAUUGUGCACUCGAAUGCACCUUUGAACCACACCACACAGUUCAGACACAGUUCAGACACAGCUGAGCCACUGUAUACACAGGGCUUACCAGACUAGCCUGCGAAGAAGAAGAGGAGAUAAGCCACUGAAUAUGCAAAGUAGAAGUGAUCUGUGUUGGUGACACAUUUUUCCAGAUGAGGCUAUGAUAAUAGGUAUGUAAACUAGCCCGGUAUCGGUAUCGGUAUCGGCAUUCUUUGGAAACUACUUGGUCCAGAGUCACACCAUUUUGUAAAGUAGUUAGGCAAAAGUAGUUCGUUCGUUCUUUCUUCAUGUAAAUAUACUAAUUCGAUUAUAGUGUGUAAUCAAUGGUCACUUUUGACUCAAAAUGCGACUUCCUGUUUUUCAUUCUUUA